CUCAUUGUAGCUUCUAAAGUCUCAUUUCUCCAGGUUAGGGCGGCAGAGAUGACCCAGCCCUGAUCUCCACUCUUGUUCUCCAGGUGCAGACAUGGCCAAGUCCAAGAACCACACCACACACAACCAGUCUCGAAAAUGGCACAGAAAUGGCAUCAAGAAACCCCGAUCACAAAGAUAUGAAUCUCUUAAGGGGGUAGAUCCCAAGUUCCUGAGGAACAUGCGCUUUGCCAAGAAGCACAACAAGAAGGGCCUGAAGAAGAUGCAGGCCAACAAUGCCAAGGCCGUGAGUGCACGUGCUGAAGCUAUAAAGGCCCUUAUAAAGCCCAAGGAGGCUAAGACCAAGAUUCCAAAGGGUGCCAGCCGUAAACUCAGUCGACUUGCCUACAUCGCCCACCCCAAGCUUGGGAAGCGUGCUCGUGCACGCAUUGCCAAGGGUCGCAGGCUCUGCCGGCCAAAGGCUAAGGCCAAGGAUCAGACAAAGGCCCAAUCUGCUGCUUCAUCUGCAGCUCCAGCUUCAGUUCCAGCUCAGGCUCCCAAAGGUGCCCAGGCCCCCACGAAGGCUCCAGAGUAGAGGCACCUGUCUGCCAUGAGGACAAAAGGACUGGUGUGACCUCUAGGCUGCUGUCUGUAUGGGGCUGGGGUCCUCCUGUGCUAUUUGUACAAAUAAACUUGAGGCAG